AUGUACGAUACCAGGCCAGAUCUGAAGGCGAAUAUUGAGGUGACUCUACCGGGUUACCUAGCCACGCUCUCCGCAACCCACACGCUCCCGGACCUCCUCUCCUCCCACCGCCUCACCCUCAGCCCAGACCUGCCGACCGCCGUCUCGACCGUGGACAUAGUCCAAGAACGAGGCCGCGAAACCCCCGCGUUCAAACAAUCCCUCUGGCCGCAGAUCGAAACUUAUGCCCCCGCGCACGCCCUCUUCUGGUCCAGUACCUCCGGCAUCCCUGCCUCCACCCAGUAA